CUAGCACUAAAACUAUUUUAUUUUUAUCUUUUCUAUAACUAAAUUAUCAAUAUGGUACCAAUCUCGCAAGUUCUAAACGUUUUGGUUAUAAGAAAUCUUCGCAUUCUGCAACCUCAGCAAAUGUGCUUGCAACAGAUUUCGAAAUAUAGCGAGAAGAUCCGUGAUGCCGGCAAGGCCAAAGAGAAUGUGCACUUCUUAAAAAUGCAAAGGGAACAGCUUAAAGAGUUGCGAAAAAAGAUACUCAAGGAACGCGAAUUGCUUAAGGACAAAAUUUCAGAGCUUGACAAGCAGAUUGAGGAUAUUAAAAAGAAGAAUAGCCAGAAACAAGCAGAGAAACAAUAGAGUACAAGAAAUUUCAAUUUCAAACAAAUUAUGUUAGUUUCAAAAUAAAUUACA